CCUGCUAAGAAAUUAUAAAUAAUUUUAUAUGGUUAUUUAUUUAAUUGAGAAUAAUAGUGUGGCGACUCCGAAUUGGCCUAGCACCAGCGCAGGGAGUGUUGCGCCAGUGCCACGCAUACAUAGUUUAGCGCCACGCGAUACAUAACGCUUCACGUAUAGCGAACAUUCCAAGACAUUUAAUUGUAUUAAUCUUGUUAACUAGUCUUAUGACUUUUGCAAUAAAUAUAUAAUUGUUGACAGUUGAGUUGAUUCAAGCAUCCUGGGGAAAAUUGGUUAGACAGCUAAAAUCAGUGGCUAAAAUAGAGGAUACCACUAAACGCCACCUAUCGGCAGCAGUAAUAUAAUAAUAUAUACAUAUAUCAGAAGCAGAACACGUGUAUGUAGAUUGUAUAGUUAAUUGAUACUGUGAUCGUUUUUGAGUACGGUGAAACGUGCUUGGACGAGUGUAUUUAAACUUAAUUUUCUCAAUGAUUUACACAAAUAAAGAAAGUUUUCAUUAUGACUGUCUGUAAAAUUCAUCAUGUGAAAUUUUAUAAUUUGGCCCCAAGAGCAAUCACCUGUUUUUCAUAUGAGAAAGAAAGCAAAAAGUUAGCACUUUCGAGAAAUGACAACACAAUCGAGAUAUGGAAUAUAUGUCAGACGGCAUUUUUAGAAGGGAGCAUUGCUGGUACAGCGCGCAACUCGAUCGAGUCUCUACUCUGGAUUGGCCGGCACCGUCUCAUUUCAACAGGUCUGUUGGGCUUCAUAACGGAGUACGACUUAAUUAGUGCAAAAGCCAAAUAUUCAACUGCAGUGACGGGAGGUGCAGCUUGGUGUCUCGAUGUCAAUCCUUUGCGUACUCGCAUCGCCGUGGGUACGGAGGAUGGUUAUGUCAACACUUUUACAAUAACGCAAGAUGGUUUGCUCUAUGAAAAGAUCUUUGACAAGCAAAAAGGGAGAAUCCUAUGCUUGAAAUGGGACAAUACAGGUGAUAUGAUCUUCACUGGUUCAAAUGAUACAGUCCGAGUGUGGAAUGCUAACUCUGGGCAUGCCAUUUAUAAAAUGAUGACCGGAAGGAAACAAAUCAAGAACGAAACUAUAGUCUGGUGUUUGGGAGUAACUAAUGAAAAUAAUCUUAUUUCCGGAGAUUCCCGAGGAGUUUUGUCGGUUUGGGAUUCCGCAACAGGAACAUUAAUCGAAUCUCAUGAGUCUCAUACAGCUGAUAUCCUUUGUUUAGCAGUAGCAGAAGACUCCAACGUCAUAUAUAUAGCUGGAAUAGACCCAGUCAUUAGAAGCUUUUCAAAAGUCCUUCUCAAGUCCUCAGGCAGGUCUCAAUGGGUUAAAGGCAUUGAACGAAGGCUCCAUAUUCAUGACGUUAGAGCAUUAGUCGAAGCAGAUGGCAAAUUAUAUUCGGCUGGUGUUGAUGGCUAUUUGGCCCAGUCCAGUUAUCCUCCUAAAAAUUUGGUCAAAUAUCCCCCAUUACUGGCCAAUCCAUGUGUCAGUCUUUGUACAAAAUCCCGAUCUAUUUUACUACGUUAUCCUAAUUAUCUUGAGUUAUGGAGACUUGGAUUGUUAAAUACUGCUGAUUCUACUGCAAAAAAUGGGCAUAUUAACGAAAAGAGCGGUAUGAUUUAUCAAUUGGAGGAAGAACCCAUUAAAUUGCUGGAGCUUAGGACUAAGAAAAAUGAAGCAAUUAUUUCGUAUGCAAUUAGCAAGGAUUCAAAGAUGAUCAUUUACUCGACUGAUACUCACGUUAGAGUAUUUAAUUUUGACAUUGUUGAAGGUGAGGCAAUGCUCACUAAAAAUGAGACUCAAUUGGGCCUUGAAAGAAUUCAGAUGAUGAAGUUUAGUCCAAAUGAUAAAUUUUUAGUCACUAUUAAUAAUGAGAAUGGUGUUACCGAGAUGAAGCUCUUUGAAAUUGACAAGACGAUAUUACGACCAAAGUAUUCGUUCAACAGUGAAAAACAUAAAUUGAAGUGUAUUGGACUCGUGUGUUUCUCGUCGGAUAGCAAAAUGUAA